CGGACGCUCUCGACGUGUCGCGCAUUCCGACGCAUAUUUCGUCGCAAAUCUUGUGAUAGAUGUGCAGGGGAGACACGUGUGACAAUCAAUAUCGAUCGAGUAGCUAUCAGAACAAUGCGAGAGUAUCGCGGACGACGAUAAAAGAGUAAAAAUUUUUCAAAUUUGUAGGUGCCGCAUCGUCAAGUGUCGUCAGAAGUACAUCCGGAAAGCGCGCCAGUAGUACCACGCGGAAAAUCGCGCAGUCGCUCGUCGAUCGACAAAUCGUUCGUCAAGUUGAGUCAAGUUUUUCCGGCAAAAGUAAGUGUGUCGCGAGUGAAAAGUGCAUAUCGCGUCGCUAGUGUAUGCGCGUCGCAAUAAGCGAAAAUCUCCAAAGAUACGUCGAUAAUUCUCACGGCGGGAUUCAAGAUUCAAGGUAUAAUUCGAGGAAUUGGACGACCCGUAGAUAAGAAGUGAACUUUGCCGCGAAUUUCAUCGACUCGAGCGAUGCCGGAACUAAAAUCGCUCCUUUAUUCGCAAACGACUUCGAGCAGUGACGUAUAAACGUAUAUAUUAAUUAAAUUAUCGAAAAUAAACGUCGCGGAUAGCAUCGGGAAUGUCGAAAAAAAGUGUCAUCGUAUUUACGCGAACUAUUUUUUUUUUUCAAAUACUCCAGAACAUAAUUACCUGCGUCGGGUACGCGAAACAUGCCGAUAAUAUCACGGUGGAUUUGUCGAAACGUGUCCCGAUAAAUUUAUUCUCGAGUGUGCUUUUUUCCGUGUAAAUGCCGAUACGAGUGUAUAUUGCGUCAAGAGCGUUGUGCGCGUAUUGUGGAAUGCUGUGUACGAGAGAAUCGACGAGGAUAAACAACCCGGUUGUCGCGCGGCCGAGCUAGGACCAGUUCGGGGAAUUGGGCGUGCUAGAGGCCGGCGCAAUGUGGCCUGGAGUACUACCGUUACUGGUGUUACUAGCGGUCCUGCUGCAUCCAUCGAGAUGUACGCAGACGCAAACGCAGGCGAAGGUGAACUUCCGGGAGAAGGAGAAGCAAGUGCUCGACAACAUCCUAGGACCAGGCCGGUACGAUGCGCGCAUCCGGCCGAGCGGGGAGAACGGAACAGGAAACAGGGCACGGAACUUCGUCAUCGGGGGCAGGAACGAUUGCAGGCGAGCUGGGGAAACACGAGACACCGAAUACUCCGUACAAUUAACAUUUCGGGAACAAUGGUUGGAUGAGAGAUUAAGAUUUAAUGACUUUGGAGGUAAACUUAAAUAUUUAACUCUUACGGAGGCGUCGAGGGUUUGGAUGCCGGAUCUGUUUUUCUCAAACGAGAAGGAGGGUCAUUUCCACAACAUCAUUAUGCCCAACGUAUAUAUACGAAUUUUCCCGCAUGGCUCGGUUCUUUACAGCAUACGGAUAUCCUUAACGCUCUCCUGUCCCAUGAAUCUGAAACUGUAUCCCCUGGAUCGACAAAUUUGCUCACUUCGUAUGGCUAGUUACGGAUGGACGACGAACGACUUGGUCUUUCUCUGGAAGGAAGGCGAUCCCGUUCAAGUGGUCAAGAAUUUACAUCUACCCAGGUUCACCCUGGAGAAAUUCCUCACGGAUUACUGCAAUAGUAAAACGAACACCGGAGAAUACAGUUGCUUGAAAGUGGACCUGCUAUUCAAGAGGGAAUUCAGCUACUAUCUCAUCCAAAUCUACAUCCCGUGCUGCAUGCUCGUUAUCGUGUCCUGGGUGUCUUUCUGGCUGGAUCAGAGCGCCGUGCCUGCCCGGGUGUCACUAGGCGUUACGACACUACUGACGAUGGCCACGCAGACAUCAGGGAUAAAUGCCUCACUGCCACCGGUCUCUUAUACCAAGGCCAUUGACGUUUGGACGGGGGUGUGCUUGACCUUCGUGUUCGGCGCUCUACUCGAAUUCGCGUUGGUCAACUACGCGUCGCGCAGCGACAUGCACAGCGACAACAUAAAGAAGCAGUUUCCACCAAGCGAGAUGGAACAUUCGUCGUCGAUCGACCCAUCCUCGGAGCUGCUCGAGCCGGACGGAUCCGCCAACUUCGCCAUGAAGCCUCUCGUCCGACACCCGGAGGAUUCCAUGUCGAUGGAUAAAUUGCGGCAGUGCGAAAUACAUAUGCAACCACGGAAAAAAAACUGCUGCAGGUCGUGGCUGUCCAAGUUCCCGACGAGGUCCAAGCGCAUCGACGUUAUCUCACGGAUCUUCUUCCCAAUCGUAUUCGCUUUCUUCAACCUCGCGUACUGGUCCACGUACCUGUUUCGGGAGGAGACGGACAGCGAGUAAAUCACGAGGAGGAGGCGCUCGGAUCAACAAGGGAAGUGGCUCGCGGCCAUCCUCAGCAACAACAGUUCCAACAGACACGGCCGCCGCAACAACGUUCGCGUCCUCGUCACCGACAACCGUACAACCACCAUCAGAAUCAUCAGCAU